AUGGGAGGAGGCGUAUGUCUUUUCCUCCGGGACCGUGAACAAACACUAACUUUGAAAAGAGAAGCACCGGAGACAUUCCACUACGUCGAAUCCCGCUCCGCCGUCCCACUAAAACAAGACUUCAAMCCCGCCGUCACAGUCCUCAGUCGAAGACCCCAAAUCGCCUCUCGGAACAGCAACAACAUCAAUGCCGCCAGCGAAGGUAUCUCAAAUCUGAGCAUCAACGGCAGCAGCGCGAAUCUAUCAGACUCCGACGACGAGUCCGCCAAUAAACCACCCCAAUUGACUGCCGAAGAGCGACAGGCCAAAGCAUUAAAGGAUAGGGAGGAGAAGCAACGCAAAUAUGAAGAAGCGAGGGAGAGACUGUUUGGGAAUUCGUCGUCUGCGCCGGGAUCGGGUGCUUCGUCGCCUGGUGGGACGCCGCCGCCAUCGAGGAAUAGGGAUAGGGAUUCGGGGUAUGAGAAUAGUGGCCCUCGUGGUGGGCGUGGGAGGAAUCGGGGCCCUGGCGGCAGAGAAAACAACAACAGCAAUGGUCGCGAAAAGCGUGAUUCGCAAGGUGGAGCGCCGAAUAAACAGAGACAGUUGUAUGAUCCGGGUUAUUCGACUAAGCCGAAUACGCAACGGAGACCGCCGCAGGGUUCUACGGAACGAGGGGAUGGUGAACAGCAGCAGACUAUAAGGCCUACGAGAAAUCCUAGAAACCCGGAUGGAAGUGGACGGGGUGGGUUUGGGUUUGAUCCUCGGGGUAGAGGCACUUUGCUGUCGAGAGAUGCUUCUACUUAA